AUGUCUUCAGUGCCUACCUUCGCCGGCUUGUCCGGUCGAAAGUUGAUGUGGUCGGUGACCUCAUGUGCAACCUUGGGCUUUUUACUUUUUGGCUAUGACCAGGGUGUGAUGAGUAGUAUCAUCGAUGCUGACCCGUUUAAUGAUGUUUUCACGGCUACAAGAGACAACUCGACCAUGCAGGGUGUGGUCACUGCGAUUUAUGAGCUUGGCUGCCUUGGCGGCGCUCUGUUUAUUCUUGGCUGCGGUGAUUGGCUUGGCCGCAGAUAUUCCAUCAUGUUGGGGGCUACCAUCAUGAUCAUCGGAGUCAUUCUCCAGAUCACGUCUUUCUCGGGACAUGUUCCGCUGGCCCAAUUCUGCAUUGGACGUGUGGUCACCGGCAUUGGAAACGGCAUGAAUACGUCGACGAUUCCCACUUACCAAGCAGAGUGCUCGAGAACCUCCAACCGUGGUCUGCUCAUUUGUAUUGAGGGCAGCACCGUGGCAAUCGGAACCCUAAUCUCCUAUUGGAUUGACUUUGGGGCCUCUUACGGCCCCCCGGACCUCACCUGGCGAUUCCCCAUUGCCUUUCAGAUCUUCUUCGGUCUGCUCAUUAUCUUGGGUCUUUUGUUUCUGCCAGAGUCUCCUCGAUGGCUGUUCACGCAGGAGCGCUACGAGGAAGGCGAGCGAGUCAUUGCCGCGUUGCAAGGCAAGGAGAUCAGCCACCAUGAUGUUCAACUGCAGAAGACCAUCAUUCUGGAUUCCCUGCGCGCUUCUGGCAUGGCCACCAAAUCUACCCCCAUGUCGGCCGUGUUCACCGGUGGCAAGACGCAGCACUGUCGCCGCAUGUUACUGGGCUGCUCGUCCCAAUUCUUCCAGCAAAUCGGUGGAUGCAACGCCGUCAUCUACUAUCUCCCAGUCCUGUUCCAACAAUCCCUGAACCAAACCGAGUUCAUGGCCAUGGUCCUCGGAGGCGUCAAUAUGAUCGUCUACUCCAUCUUCGCGUGCCUGUCGUGGCUGCUGAUCCAAAAGGUCAGCCGACGCAAGCUCUUCCUGGCCGGCUCCUUUGGCCAGAGCGCCUCGAUGAUCAUCACCUUUGCCUGUCUCAUCCCGGGCGAUGCGCAGGCUGCGAAAGGUGCCGCCGUGGGUCUGUUUACCUUUAUCGCGACGUUCGGAGCGACGUGGCUUCCGCUGCCCUGGCUCUACCCGGCCGAAAUCUCGCCCAUCAAAACGAGAGCCAAAGCGAACGCCAUCUCGACCUGCACGAAUUGGCUCUUCAACUUUCUCAUCGUGAUGGUCACGCCCAUCAUGAUCCGGAACAUCAAGUGGGGCACGUAUCUCUUCUUCGCCGUGAUCAACGCCUUGUUCAUCCCGAUUAUCUACCUGUUCUACCCCGAGACCUCGGGGCGGUCGCUCGAGGAGAUCGAUUUGAUUUUCGCCAAGGGAUACGUCGAGAAGAUGACUUAUGUGCGGGCGUCGAAGGAACUGCCCCAUUUGACGGAUGAGGAGAUUGAACAGGUGGCCAUUCAGUAUGGAUUCGGGCCGGCGGACCAGGCCCCCAACGGGGAUAGUGAUAGUGCCGAGUUGGGGAAGACCGAGGUGGAUCCGGAGAAGAACUGA